GUACUCAGGCUCCCCCUCCCGGUAACCCAGAACUCCCUGGAAUGUUCCACCCCCUCCCCCGGUCACCGCGCGCAGCAUAUACGUCACUGAGCCGCCCGGAGUCGCCGAGUGUGUGAACGUGGAGACUUCGGGUUGCAACACAUAACAGCAGUGUGCCGUGAAUCCAUCCUGAGCAAGAAUCUUUUUGCUGACUAAAAUAAAUAAAUAUAUUGAAAGAGAAAUUGAAGCAGAAAGUUUUUAAAGCACCCCAAUGUCCUAGCUGUAAAAGAAACUCACCAUUCUGCAGUCCUGGAAUAUCGCUGAAUCCCACCAAACAUGUUGUGCUGGGGAAAUGCUUCCUUUGGACAGCUGGGACUAGGUGGAAUUGAUGAAGAAAUAGUUUUAGAGCCCCGAAGAUGUGACUUCUUCUCCAACAAAUUUGUCCAGGAUGUUGGGUGUGGAAGCCGACAUAGUGUUUUUGUACUGAAUGAUGGGACCGUCUACACAUGUGGGUGCAAUGAUCUAGGUCAACUAGGUCAUGACAAAGGUAGAAAAAAGCCAGAGCAAGUUGGAGCCCUUGAUGCACAGAAUAUUGUUGCUGUCUCAUGCGGGGAAGCACACACAGUCGCACUAAAUAACAAAGGUCAAUUGUUCUCUUGGGGUCUGGCUAAGGAUGGACAGCUAGGGUUUUCAGUCAUAGAAGAAUAUAUCAGAGUACCAAGAAAUAUAAAGAGUUUAUCUGAUGUGCAGAUUGUGCAGGUAGCCUGUGGUCAUAUGCACUCAAUUUCCCUCUCCAGAGAAAGUGAAAUUUUUGUUUGGGGAGACAACAGAUAUGGCCAGCUUGGAUUGGGGUGUGAAUUUAAGAGAGAGACUACACCAAGACUGUUGAAGUCUCUAUCUGGGAUCCCCUUUUACCAGAUUUCUGCAGGGGGAGGACAUAGUUUUGCUCUGACGCCAUCAGGAGCAGUUUUUGGUUGGGGGCGGAACAAAUUUGGACAACUUGGUCUCAGUGAUGAAGUGGACAGAUAUUGUCCAUGUCUUCUCAAAUCAUUGCGUAGUCAGAAAAUUGUACAUAUCUGCUGUGGUGAAGAUCAUACUGCUGCACUAACAAAGGAAGGUGGAGUUUUUACUUUUGGAGCUGGAGGAUAUGGACAACUUGGUCACAAUUCUACAAACCAUGAAGUCAAUCCCAGAAAAGUGUUUGAGCUUAUGGGAAGCAUUGUCACACAAAUCACUUGUGGAAGACAACACACUCUAGCUUUUGUUCCUUCAUCUGGUCGUAUCUACUCGUUUGGACUUGGUGGCAAUGGACAACUAGGAACUGGGUCAACAUGUAACAGAAAAAGUCCUUUUACUGUAAAAGGAAACUGGAUAUCACACAAUGAUUACUCCCAGAAUCCUGACAGAAUAGAGUACUACUGUGUUAAGAAAAUUUUCUCUGGUGGAGAUCAAAGCUUUGCACAUUACUUUCAUGUACAGAACUGCCUUCCACCAGAUGACUUCAGAAAGUGUAACCAUUCCAGGCAAAUAUUGACCAUAAAUGAGGAGCUUAUACAACGAUGGUUGAAUUUCUCAUCAGGAAGACUUCCAUUAGAUAUAGUGAAUGAAAUUGACAAAGUCUUCUCAACAGCUGCUUGUAUAAAUGGAAGUUUUCUCUCCACCAGCAAUGAUGAUCAUUACCGCACAAGUGCCAAGUUCUCAGGGAUAGAUAUGAAUGCUGCUAGACUCCUUUUUCACAAACUAUUGGAAUCUGCCCAGCCCCAAACGGUACAGCAGGUGGCUGCUAGUUUGGAAAAGAAUCUAAUACCAAAAUUGCCAAGCUCGCCACCUGACAUUGAGGCUUUAAGACUGUACCUCACGUUACCAGAGUGCCCUCUUAUGGCAGAUCCAAACAACUUUUCUAUUUUAGCGAUUCCUUUUGGGACUGCAAUUGUUAAACUUGAAAAGGCUCCUUUAAGAGUUCUAGAAAACUGGUGGUCUACACUUGAGAACCCAGUGUUCAUGCGGCUAGUAGAUCUUUUUAAAAAUGUUGUGUUGCAUCUAUUGAAAUUUGCAAAAAUUGGAAUUCCUCUUACGGAAAGAAGAAUUUUCAACACCUUCCUUAAUACAGCUCUGAAAGUUUUGGAGAGUCUGCAUAGGGUAAAUGAAAGAUCAGGACAAAUUAUACCUUAUGAUAAGUUCUACAUUCAUGAAAUACAAGACUAUAUAGAUAUCCGGAAUGAUUAUGUGGCUUGGAUCCAGCAACGAGCACUUUGUAUGGACGUAAACCAGGGAUUACCAGAGGGACCAGAUGGUACACUCACUAUUUGUACAUAUCCAUUUGUUUUUGAUGCACAAGCAAAGACAACUCUGCUACAGACUGAUGCAGUCAUACAGAUGCAGAUGGCAGUUGAUCAAGCCAACAGACAGAACUUUUCAUCCAUGUUUCACCCAGUAGUUGAAUCCGUAGAUCCUUGCCUAAUUUUAAUAGUCCGUAGAGACAACAUUGUGGGAGAUGCUAUGGAAGUUUUAAGGAAAACUAAAAACAUUGAUUACAAGAAACCUUUAAAGGUCAUUUUUGUGGGUGAAGAAGCUGUUGAUGCUGGUGGAGUACGUAAAGAGUUUUUCUUGCUCAUAAUGAGAGAACUUCUAGAUCCAAAGUAUGGAAUGUUUCGUUUCUAUGAAGAUUCCAGACUCAUUUGGUUUUCUGAUCAGACCUUUGAGGACAGUGAUUUGUUCCACCUCAUUGGUGUGGUUUGUGGCUUAGCUAUAUACAAUUUUACAAUUGUUGAUCUUCACUUCCCUUUGGCUUUAUAUAAAAAACUUUUGAAGAAAAAGGCUACUUUAGAUGAUUUAAAGGAGCUCAUGCCAGAGGUUGGCAGGAGCAUGCAACUGCUGUUGGACUACAUGGAAGAUGACAUUGAAGAGACGUUCUGUCUGAAUUUUACAGUUACAGUAGAUAAUUUUGGAACUACAGAAAUCAGGAAACUAAUUCCUAAUGGUUCAGAGAUCACUGUGACCCAGAAAAACAAGCAAGAAUUUGUAGACUGCUAUGUGGACUACAUCUUCAAUCAGUCGGUGGCAUCGCUAUUUAAUGCGUUUCAUGCAGGCUUUCACAAAGUGUGUGGAGGAAGAGUCCUAGAGCUCUUCCAACCGAAUGAGCUGCAGGCCAUGGUUAUCGGCAACACAAACUAUGACUGGAAGGAACUUGAAAAGCAUACAGAAUAUAAAGGAGAGUACUGGGCAGAUCAUCCUACCAUAAAAUUAUUUUGGGAGGUUUUCCAUGAAUUACCCCUUGAAAAGAAAAAGCAGUUUUUAUUGUUUUUGACUGGCAGUGACCGGAUACCUAUUCUUGGAAUGAAAAGUUUAAAACUUAUAAUCCAGCCUACAGGAGGAGGAGAAGGUUUCCUACCUGUGGCCCACACAUGUUUCAAUCUCUUGGAUCUCCCAAAAUAUACUAGCAGAGAGACACUACGGAAAAAACUGAUACAGGUUAUUGACCAUUAUGAAGGAUUCAGUCUUGCAUAAAGAUUUUUCUUCACUUCAACUUGACCUUGCAGCCUUGAGUAACUGAGCCAUGCUAAGAUUACAUUUAUUCUAUAAAGAUUCUAUAUAAAUCUAGUUUAUGUACAUAAGCUAUGUAAACUAGUUUAUAUUUGUUUUUGCAGUUUGGACAAACCACCUGUACAGGCUGUGUAAAGCACUUUGUACAUAACCAUCAGUUUCUUCCAUCUAAAAAAUUAAUUGGGAAUUAAUUGGACAGGACCUUGGAUUUUCUCUCCAAUUAGUGUAUUUCAUUAUGUCGGUAUUGUAUAUUACACUUUAAACACAUUGUAAAGAACUCUGUGAAAAUAAAUCAAAGUUUUUACUUUAGGUUUUGAAGUAUUUUCU